ACUGGAGGAGCCAGGGAAUUUUGUUACAACUGGCAUUUUUUUUUUAUUAUUAUCAUUUAAAUGUCAUCCAUGGACAUUUCUCCUUCUGCUUCAGCAUCAUUGUCUUGCUCACAGAUAUUAAGACUAAGAAGCUUGAUUCUCUAAGGCUCAUAUCCAAGGGCAUCAGUCAUUAACACACUGAGCUACAUCUGCUUCUUGGCUAAGACUGAAGAAAAGACAUCUUAAGCUGGAAAUCCUGCCUGCUCUCUCUGCCUCUCUCUGUCUCUAGCACGCACUCGCACACACACAGGCACAGAACAGGAGGCAUAUACUGCAGCAGGUCCUUUUUUUAUUCCAAAAGGCUGCCUCACUUUGGAGAUGCGGUGACAAGAUAAUGAAGUAAAAGUCUUCUGUUGCAAGGAAGAAAAUUAUAGGAGUCAGCCAGUGAAAGGAAAGAGCAAGUUAAAUAGCAGUAGCAAUAGAAGAGGAAAGGAAGGAAGACAGUGGUUAAUUUAAAAAGAAAAUAGAGGAAACAGGUGGAAGGCUGACAAGACGCUGGGAGGUAUUUUAGGCUAAACAGUGUCUUUUUCUUUCAUUCUUGUGUUUGAUAAGCAGUUUUUGAAGCAUCCAGACCUAAGCAGGGCUGCCUAAGCAUAGCAGCUUCCCAAACGUGUCUUUUCUGUCUCCCUGGCUGCUGCUGCUGCUACUACUGUUGCUGCUGCUGACAGAAACGUGUUAGGAAAGCAGAAAGAGAAAAUGCCAGCCAUCCUGGUAGCCUCCAAAAUGAAAUCAGGACUACCUAAACCUGUACACAGCGCUGCUCCCAUCCUACAUGUGCCGACGGCCAGGACCAUUCCUCAGCCCUGUUACCUGAAGUUUGGGAACAAGGUGGAGGUCACCAAGCCAUCCUAUUCCAGCCAGAUACCCCUCAAGUCUCCUCUUGGACAUGAGAAUGCAGGAGAUGGACUCCCACCAAGGAAGAAUAGCCCUGUAGAGAAUGGAUUUGAUAUGCAGAUUUAUACAGAUUGGGCUAAUCACUAUCUAGCAAAAUCUGGCCAUAAACGCUUGAUAAAGGACCUGCAGCAAGAUGUGACUGAUGGAGUCUUACUGGCUGAAAUCAUCCAGGUUGUAGCAAAUGAAAAGAUUGAAGACAUCAAUGGCUGUCCAAAGAAUAGAUCUCAAAUGAUUGAAAACAUAGAUGCAUGCCUGAGUUUCUUGGCUGCCAAGGGAAUUAACAUACAGGGUCUUUCAGCAGAAGAAAUCAGGAAUGGGAAUCUAAAGGCCAUUUUAGGUCUUUUCUUCAGUCUGUCCCGAUACAAGCAGCAGCAGCAGCAGCCACAGAAACAGCAUCCGCAGCACCAUCCAUCCCAGCAACCUUCUGCAGUAUCUCAGCAAGCAGGACCUCCAUCUCAGUGCCAGAUUGGGGUGCAGCAGCAGCAUCCACAACCACAGCAGGUGCUGCCUUCACCCCAAACACAGUGCCAACAACCCCAGCAAGCUGCACAUCAUCAGUUAAAAGCACAACCAGAAAUGCAGUCAAGACUUCCAGGUCCUACCACGAGGGUGUCCGCUGCAGGCAGUGAAGCCAAAACUCGUGGUUCUGUUAAUGCCAACAAUCGGCGCAGCCAGAGCUUUAACAACUAUGACAAAUCCAAGCCUGUAAACCCACCACCACCAUCAUCCAGCAGCAAUGAAAAAGAGCCAGAAGACAGUACAGCCUCUCAGCCGACAGGAAUGAAUGAAAAUGUACCAUCUUCAGUUCAAAGCUGCAGCACUACAAAUGCUGUUAGUUGCAAUAACUCAUCGGCCAUACCCCAGCCCAGCUCUGCCAUUAAGCCCUGGCGCAGCAAGUCCCUUAGCGCUAAGCACACAGCCACGUCUUCCAUGUUAUCUGUAAAGCAGCCAGUGCCAGAGCCUCCCAAACCACCAACGGAAAUGGUCAAAGCAACUCCUAAUGGACAAAAAUCCAUGCUUGAGAAAUUAAAACUCUUCAAUAGCAAAGGAGGCUCCAAAGCAGGUGGGACAACCCUGGAAGGUUCAGGGUCUCGGGAUAACAGCUGUGAAAGACUUGAGACACUUCCCAGCUUUGAGGAAAGUGAGGAGAUUGAUGCUGCAAACCGGAAUGUGAAUAAUCCAGGACCAACAUCCAGUAGUCCCAAAAUUGCACUCAAGGGAAUUGCACAAAGAACUUUUAGCCGCGCACUGACUAAUAAGAAAGGUUCCCCAAAGGGCAGUGAGAAAGAGAAAGAGAAGCAGAAAGAGAAAGAAAAGGAUACAUGUAGAGACAUGGUAAAAAGAACAUCUGUAACGGAGAAGCUGGAAGUGAAAGAAGAGCCAAAAGAAGAACAGACAGCACCAGCUGCAACAGAGAUGCCAAAAAAGUCCUCAAAGAUUGCAAGCUUUAUCCCUAAAGGAGGAAAGCUGAAUAGUGCCAAGAAGGAGGCCUCUGCCCCUUCGCACAGUGGAAUACCAAAACCAGGAAUGAAAACCACCACAGGGAAAUCCUCAAGUGCCCCAACUUCUUCAAAGGAAGGUGAGAGAAGCCGCAGUGGGAAACCUGGCUCAGGGCUCUCUCAUCAGAAGACCCAACUAGACAGCAGGAAUUCCAGUUCCACUUCAAGUUUAGCCUCCUCAGAAGGAAAAGGGAUAGGAGGGGUAUCUGCUCUUAGCAGCAGCAGCAGCACCCAAGCUGUCAGUGGGCCAGCUAGUACCACACAGACUACAGGAAGCAAUACUGUGAGUGUUCAGCUACCUCAUCCCCAACAGCAAUACAGCCACCCGAACACUGCCACAGUUGCACCGUUCAUGUACAGAUCACAGACAGACACUGAAGGGAAUGUAACGGCUGAGUCCAGCACCGGAGGGGUGAGCAUGGAUUCUGCCCUUUACACUAAAACUGGACAGCCUGGUCUUGAAGACCUUUCAGGGGAGGAUCCAGAAACGCGUCGCUUGCGAACUGUGAAGAACAUUGCUGAUCUUCGACAGAACUUAGAGGAGACGAUGUCCAGCUUACGGGGAACCCAGGUUACUCAUAGCACAUUGGAGACUACAUUUGACACCAAUGUCACAACUGAAAUAAGUGGUCGCAGUAUUCUCAGCUUGACGGGAAGACCAACGCCUUUAUCAUGGAGACUUGGACAGUCAAGUCCCCGCCUUCAGGCAGGUGAUGCUCCAUCGUUGGGAAAUGGAUAUCCACCAAGAGCUAAUGCAAGCCGUUUCAUCAAUGCUGAGUCUGGGCGUUAUAUGUAUUCAGCACCUUUGAGGAGACAGCUAGCAACCCGUGGUAGUAACGUUUGCCAUGUGGACAUCUCAGACAAGGCUGGUGAUGAAAUAGAUCUUGAAGGCAUCAGCAUGGAUGCCACUGGCUAUAUGAGUGAUGGUGAUGUUCUGAGCAAGAAUAUAAGAACUGAUGACAUUACAAGUGGAUACAUGACUGAUGGUGGAUUGGGCCUCUAUACUCGAAGAUUAAAUCGUCUGCCUGACGGUAUGGCUGCAGUGAGGGAGACACUUCAGCGUAACACUUCACUGGGACUAGGAGAUGCUGACAGCUGGGAUGACAGCAGCUCUGUCAGCAGUGGGAUCAGUGACACCAUAGACAACCUUAGCACCGAUGAUAUUAACACCAGCUCCUCCAUCAGCUCCUAUGCCAACACACCUGCCUCUUCCCGUAAAAAUUUGGAUGCACAGACUGAUGCAGAAAAGCAUUCUCAGGUUGAGCGGAAUUCCCUGUGGUCUGGUGACGAAGUUAAGAAAUCAGAUGGAGGAUCAGAUAGCGGCAUAAAAAUGGAGCCUGGAUCUAAGUGGAGGCGGAAUCCCUCUGAUGUGUCUGAUGAAUCUGAUAAAAGCACUUCUGGUAGGAAGAACACUGUUAUUUCACAGACUGGUUCCUGGAGACGGGGCAUGUCAGCUCAGGUUGGCAUUACUACACCAAGGACUAAAUCUUCAGCCACUUCAGGCACAUUAAAGACACCUGGAACAGGGAAAACUGAUGACGCCAAGGUAUCAGAAAAGGGUAGACUUUCUCCUAAAGCUGGACAUGUUAAACGUUCCCCAUCAGAUGCAGGACGCAGUAGUGGUGAUGAAUCCAAAAAGCCUCCCACAAGUAACUCUAGGACAGCUGCUGCUAAUACAAACACAUUUGGAUUUAAGAAACAAAGUGGGUCAGCUGUAGGCAUGACUAUGAUUACUGCUAGUGGGGCAACUAUCACCAGCAGAUCAGCCACACUGGGCAAAAUCCCUAAAUCAUCUGGACUCAUGGGUAGAUCCACUGGUCGGAAGACUAGUGUUGAUGGCUCACAGAACCAGGAUGAUGGUUACCUAGCACUUAGUGCUCGAACUAAUCUUCAGUAUCGUAGUUUACCUCGGCCUAGUAAAUCCAGCAGCAGAAGUGGAGCUGGUAAUAGGUCUAGUACCAGUAGCAUAGACUCCAACAUUAGCAGCAAGUCAGCUGGUUUACCUGCCCCUAAAAUCAGAGAGCCUGUUAAGGUAGUUCUUGGAAGCUCUUUGCCAGGAUUAAUCAACCAGACAGAUAAAGAGAAAGGGAUCUCGUCUGACAACGAAAGCGUGGCCUCAUGUAAUUCUGUUAAAGUGAACCCUGCAUCACAGACUGCUUCUAGUGGAGCUCAAAGUACCCACCAGCAAGGAACCAAGUACCCUGAUGUGGCCUCUCCCACUUUGCGCAGACUUUUUGGUGGCAAGCCAAAUAAACAGGUUCCUAUCACAACAGCUGAAAAUAUGAAAAAUUCAGUGGUCAUCUCCAAUCCUCAUGCUACCAUGAACCAGCAAGGGAACCUUGAUUCUCCCUCUGGCAGCGGUAUACUGAGCAGUGGGGGCAGCAGUCCCCUUUACAGUAAAAACAUGGACAUGAACCAGUCUCCAUUGGCCUCUAGUCCCAGUUCAGCACAUUCAGCUCCCUCGAACAGUUUAACUUGGGGUACCAACGCAAGUAGCUCUUCUGCUGUUAGUAAGGAUGGCAUUGGAUACCAAUCUGUCAGUAGUCUUCACACCAGCUGCGAAUCCAUUGAUAUAUCUCUGAGCAGUGGAGGUGGGCUGAGUCAUAACUCAUCCAGUGGUUUGAUCACAGCUUCUAAAGAUGAUUCUCUGACUCCCUUUGUCAGAACCAACAGUGUUAAGACAACAUUGUCUGAGAGCCCUCUCUCUUCCCCUGCUGCUAGUCCCAAAUUCUGCAGAAAUACUUUACCCAGGAGACAGGACAGCGACCCACAUCUUGAUAGGAACACUUUGCCUAAGAAGGGACUCAGGUACACUCCUUCAUCCCAACUUCGUAGUCAAGAGGAUGCAAAAGAAUGGCUACGUUCACAUUCAGCAGGAGGUCUGCAGGAAACUGCUGCCAAUUCUCCAUUUUCAUCUGGCUCAAGCAUAACGUCACCAUCUGGUACUAGGUUCAACUUCUCUCAGCUUGCAAGCCCUACUACUGCAGCCCAGAUGAGCUUGUCAAAUCCGACCAUGCUACGGACACACAGCCUUUCCAAUGCAGAUGGUCCUUAUGAUCCCUACAGUGACACACGUUUCCGGAACAGUUCAAUGUCACUGGAUGAGAAAAGCAGAACUAUGAGUCGCUCUGGCUCGUUCCGCGAUGGCUUUGAAGAAGUGCAUGGGUCCUCUCUCUCUCUGGUGUCUAGUACAUCCUCUAUUUAUUCAACUCCUGAAGAAAAAUGCCAGUCAGAGAUUCGCAAGCUACGAAGAGAGUUGGAUGCAUCCCAGGAGAAGGUGUCAGCUCUGACAACUCAACUGACUGCCAAUGCUCACCUUGUGGCAGCAUUUGAACAGAGCCUUGGGAACAUGACAAUUAGACUACAGAGUUUGACUAUGACAGCAGAACAAAAGGAUUCAGAACUGAAUGAAUUACGGAAAACCAUUGAGCUUUUAAAGAAGCAAAAUGCUGCUGCUCAAGCUGCCAUUAAUGGAGUAAUUAAUACACCUGAGCUCAACUGCAAAGGUACUGGAACUACCCAACCUGCUGACCUGCGGAUUCGAAGGCAACAUUCUUCAGAUAGUGUCUCUAGUAUUAAUAGUGCUACUAGUCAUUCAAGUGUGGGAAGUAACAUAGAAAGUGAUUCAAAGAAAAAGAAGAGAAAGAACUGGGUCAAUGAGUUACGCAGUUCCUUCAAGCAAGCUUUUGGUAAAAAGAAAUCACCCAAGUCAGCAUCUUCUCAUUCAGACAUUGAGGAGAUGACUGAUUCUUCCUUACCUUCAUCACCAAAGCUACCGCACAACAACUCAACUGUUUCUACACCAUUGUUGAGAGCUUCUCAUUCAAAUUCUCUUAUUUCUGAAUGCACUGACAGUGAGGCUGAAACAGUCAUGCAGUUACGCAAUGAGCUGAGAGACAAAGAGAUGAAACUGACUGAUAUUCGUCUGGAGGCCCUUAGCUCUGCCCACCAGCUAGACCAGCUUCGGGAGGCAAUGAACAGGAUGCAGAGUGAGAUUGAAAAGUUAAAAGCAGAAAAUGAUCGGUUGAAGUCUGAAAACCAUGGCAGCUGUAGCAGGGCUCAGUCUCAGGUUUCCAUUUCAUCCUCCCCAAGACACUCAAUGGGUCUCUCUCAGCACAGCUUGAACCUCACAGAGUCUACCAGUCUCGACAUGCUUUUAGAUGACCCUGGUGAUGGCUCUGUCCGAAAAGAAGGAGGCAGGCAUGUUAAAAUAGUUGUCAACUUUCAGGAUGAAAUGAAAUGGAAAGAGGAUUCCAGACCCCGUACGUUCCUCAUUGGUUGCAUUGGAGUCAGUGGCAAGACAAAAUGGGAUGUGUUGGAUGGGGUGGUUAGACGCUUGUUUAAGGAAUAUAUCAUCCAUGUAGAUCCAGCAAGUCAGCUAGGGCUGAAUUCAGACAGUGUUCUAGGCUACAGCAUUGGGGAAAUCAAACGCACAAAUAGUGCAGAGACACCUGAGCUGCUGCCCUGUGGCUAUCUGGUUGGGGAAAACAACACCAUCUCGGUUGCUAUCAAAGGUAUCAGUGAAAAUAGUUUGGACUGUCUGGUGUUCGAGUCACUGAUUCCAAAACCUAUACUACAGCGAUAUGUGUCUCUCUUGAUGGAACAUAGAAGGAUUAUCUUGUCUGGCCCGAGCGGCACUGGAAAAACAUACUUAGCAAAUCGUCUGUCUGAAUACAUGGUACUUAGAGAGGGAAGGGAGCUGACUGAUGGAGUUAUAGCAACUUUCAAUGUGGAUCAUAAAUCCAGUAAGGAACUUCGCCAAUACUUGUCCAACCUUGCUGAUCAGUGUAAUAGUGAAAACAAUGCUGUGGAUAUGCCUCUUGUCAUUAUUCUGGAUAACUUGCAUCAUGUUAGCUCCCUUGGAGAGAUCUUCAAUGGGCUUCUGAACUGCAAAUAUCAUAAAUGUCCUUACAUUAUUGGCACAAUGAACCAGGCCACCUCCUCAACCCCUAACCUUCAGCUUCACCACAAUUUCAGAUGGGUGCUAUGUGCCAACCACACUGAGCCUGUCAAGGGCUUUCUUGGUCGUUUUUUGAGAAGAAAACUAAUUGAAACAGAAAUCAGUGGCAGGAUGAGAAAUGCAGAACUGGUUAAGAUCAUUGACUGGAUUCCCAAGGUCUGGCAGCAUCUCAACAGAUUCUUGGAGGCUCACAGUUCCUCUGAUGUUACUAUUGGUCCACGACUCUUCCUGUCCUGUCCAAUAGAUGUAGAUGGUUCUAGAGUCUGGUUUACUGACUUGUGGAACUAUUCCAUUAUCCCAUAUCUUCUGGAGGCAGUCAGAGAAGGACUACAGCUGUAUGGAAGGAGAGCUCCCUGGGAGGAUCCUGCCAAAUGGGUAAUGGACACGUAUCCAUGGGCAGCCACCCCACAGCACCAUGAGUGGCCUCCUUUGCUGCAGCUGCGGCCUGAAGAUGUUGGAUUUGAUGGCUAUUCUGUGUCUCGGGAAGGCUCAACCAGCAAACAGGUUCCACCAAGUGAUGCUGAAGGAGAUCCAUUGAUGAACAUGCUAAUGCGACUGCAAGAGGCAGCUAACUAUUCGAGUCCUCAGAGCUAUGACAGUGACUCCAACAGCAACAGCCAUCAUGAUGACAUCCUUGAUUCAUCCUUGGAGUCAACAUUAUGAUCUUCAGCAGACAAAAAGAUUGUUUCCCAUUUUGCAAGAAUCCUGAUCAAAAAACACUAAUGAAGAUAACUUGUUACCGGACUGGGCAAACGUCUCAGUAUUAGAGCUGCAAGAACAACAAGACACUUUAUACGAGUCAGUCUUGAACCUGGGUGCAGGCAACCCAAACAACCUUUGUAUUUUUUUUUAUAUAAUGGUAUGAACUGCACUAUUUCUUUGUUUUGUUCUGUUUAGUUGCUGUAAGCUCUCAUGCCUAAGAUACUGAAGACAUUUUAAAAAAGCAUCCUCACAAUUAAAAAAAAAAAAGAAAAAGAGGGCGGGGGGGAAUCCUUUGCGGCUAUGAAAUAAACAGCUUUGUGCCAUGUACUGUCCAGGAAGAGAGGGGAGGGAAGUUCUCUGCAUAUGCUGCUUCUGACCAAACACAUGUAGGUGAGGGCUGGACUUUUACCAAUUAGCUUUGCAGACUAAACUCAGCUGCAGAUAGUUCUGGUGCUAAAAUACAUUGCUUUCCUAGGUAAUAAUGUUCUGUCAAAGGCAAUGCUGCAAAAAACAGGGACAUUUGAAAUACAUAUUAAAAAAAAAGCUGCUCUCCUUGCCAGUCUGAGACCUUGUCUUUCUUUGCUCUAUUUCACCGUGUGUUUAUAGAAAUAUACAUAAAUAUAAAUAUGAAUAUAUAUAUAUACAGUCUAAACAAAUCAGGUUUUAUCAAACACUGUGUAACAAACAAUUCUACAAAACUUUAAAGACUGAGUACCCCUCUGACAUCAGGACAUGAUUCUUUUCUUCCUUAUGCCCAUGUAAAUCCAAUGACUUCAGUGGCAUUACUCCAGAUUUACGCUAGUAUAAGAGACCAAAUUGACCCUUCUGCAGAGAGACAGCAAAUAGUCUGUAUCCUAUAUAAUUCUACAGUUUAAAUACUACUGCAGCAGAGUUACAUUGGGCUUUCUGUCUUUCGGGGUUAGGGGUGGAUUUCUCACGUGAAAAAAAUAAUCCGACCUCUGGUUUUUAAUUUUUGCAUUAAAAUAGUAUGGCUCUUGUCAAUUUUCUCUCACUGACCAUUACAGCCCCAAAUGGGUGCAGUAAAACUCAGAAGUCCAGUGUUACCCUGGUAACAUUAUUUAUUCUGUCUCUUUUUUUCAACUGCAGAAUGUAGUGUUCUAGUAGUUCAACUGAACAGUCUUACUGAGGUCUAAAAACAAAGGAAGAGAGGGAGUACUAUCUUUUUAAAGUUUAAAAUGGGCCAUGCUCUUGCAUUCUGACCGAGCUGUGAACCUGGUUCUAUUUCUCCUCCUCCUGUCCAAACGCACACAAAUACAAUUCCAGUGUUAAGGCUUGUACAUCUGUUGAGGAGUAAGAACACCUCAAAAGAAUUGCACUUUCCUUUUUGUGGGAGCAAAUACUGACAAACACAUCACCACAAGUCAGCUGUCUCAGGCUGUACCUCAGCAAGAAUCGCAGUCCUCAGCACUGAUUUGUACAAGCCUUUCCAGCUAUCUUUUGGUGCUGAACUUUAAAGCGAUGCCUUACUUCUUUUGUACUAAUUGUGUUAAUUACAUUAGUGCUGUAUAUUAUGACUUUUUAUUUAAAUAAAUAAACAGGGCUAAAGUCAUCUCUUGGAAUAUGAUAAGUUGCUGUGAAUAUUGUUUGUAUGAGAUACUAGAUUUUGUUUAAAUGUAACAGUAACAGAGGAGGAAAAUGAGAUAACUUUUCAGGUUCAUAUCAUCUGCAGCUAAUAGUUCACUGGACAGCUGUUUAUCUAAUGCAGGAAAAAAAAAAGCUUUUCUAUGAUAAUAAAUGCCAUCACUAGUAAACUACAGGAAAGCAAUUGCUGUUUUUUCAGUGUACAGGUAGAAAAACUUAUUACAAACACUUUUUUAAGAGCGUGUUAAUCCUUGUGGGUUUAAAAUAAUGUAACAGCCAAGUUCAUGCUUCUGUCACUCAGUUUGAGAGGAUAGUUUUAUUAUACCUCAUGACUUUCUACUCUCUGUGACAUGACUGUACUUACUUUUUUGUCUUUUGUCCAAUGAGAGCUGAUACUGAAUCUGCUCCUGUUACAGCUUUUGAGUGCUGAUGACCUUUUUAAAAAAAAUGUAAAAGAAUAAUUAGCGAUGGGGGAGUGGGGGGGGGGACUUAUCCACUUAAAUCACUGGUUUAUCUUAGGUGAACUCGAACUACUUAUUUCAUUUGAACGAAAUACCCAGGGUUAUUCAACCAACCGUAUAAAUCCAGUUCAGGUUAUUGUAGAAUAAGCAUCACUAAUACAGAACUUUCCCUAGCUGUGCUGAUGAUUUCAAGAGUAGCUAAUGGCUAAAAACAGAUGUUGGAUUUCUCCCAAGACAAAACCUUUUGUAGGAAUGGACAAGCCUGUUGUUCCACAUGAAGCACCUGUUAAGUAUCCAGAUUACCACUUUGCACUGGGACAAUACCAGCUCAUUUGAUUUAAUUGGCAUUCAAGCCAAACAACUGUCCUGCACCUGUUUUGAUUGGAGUCACAGCCUAGGACAGUCAGCCCAGAGAUAAACCCAAGGUCUGUUUUGAGCCAAUUUCUCAACAGCCUGACAGUUCUGCUUCCCAACACUGACUUUGACUGUUACUACUAUGAAACCGAGUAGAGAAUAAGUACCUGAACCUGCAUCUGAAUCCAUUCAGGUAGACUUUUAAGCAUGUAUGGAUCUAAUUGCAGGACAGGGACCUAAAGUGACUUAACAUUAUACAUUUCUCAGCUACCCUUUAACUGAUUCCUUCAGAUACAUUUGAAACUCUGGGCAUGCCUAUGCUCUCUGUAGACCAUGCUAAGGUUCUCUGCCAUGAAGCAUAAUGCAUAAUGUUGCUGUCUCCAGCACUGGCCAAGCAUCAAUUAGAGCUUCUAAAAUAAGGAGUUCAUUGGCACAUGUACUGCAUUGCAUGAAUAUAAAAUAUUGGUGUGCUGUGCUUCCUGGCAGAGAUCCCCAGCACAACCUUCGGAGGCCAUAGAUGUGCCUUGUGUGCCAUUUUGGUUGCCAUUUUUCUUUUCCCCAAACCUAUGCUCAGACACAGGAGACACUCAGUCCUGCCAAUGUACUUCUGUGUUAUUGACAGUAGUUUGGGUCACUGUAAGGAGAGGGCUUUGAGUCAUUUUAAGCAUCACAAAACUCAGUAUCCUUUCUGCAACUUUGGGAAGCAGGUUUACCUGUUGUGCAUGUUUCUUACUUUUCAUCAAGUAUUUAGUAGAGCCUUGGUAUAUCUGCUCUUUUUCCUUUUUUAAUGACUUCAUUUUCAUUUUAAGGCUUGUCCUUUUGAGAGGUUUUUUGCCUUUUUUCUACAAAGUUCUACAUUAAAACAAAGAUCAAUAAAACAAACAAACAAAAAAUACCCAACAAAUAAACUCUAUGAUUCUAUGCAACAUUUAUGUUGAGUUAAAAACAGAAAGCUUAAACAGUUUUCUUUCCUUCAGAACUGCCAAGAAUUGUACAGGCUAUAAAUGAGAUGGGGAAACAUUUUUGGUUUGACGGGAGGGUGUUGAUGAACCUUUUUUGUACAUUUUGGAAAAGAAACUGAUAUUUCAUUGUUGAUGCUUACCUUCGGUAUUCUGUGUAUUGAAUCUUGUCUAAAUGUGACAAUUCUCUUUCAAGAAAAAAAAACAAAAACAAAACAAAAAAUCUUUCUUUGUGGAUAUUAAAUGGAAGGUUGCUGUUUUGAUCUAGUCGUUUCCAGUGGAACAGUUUAUGAAAUAUGUUCUAUAAGAUGUACAUUUUUUCAUUGUAACAUAGAAAUGUAAAUAUUUGAUUAAAAGUGCUGCAUUUUGAUGAAUUUUUUCUAGCCAUUUUUAAAGAGAAAACUAGGAAUUGAGUAUUUUGUGUACGGUAUGAUGUUUUCCAUCUUCUCCCCUCCCUAUUUAAUUUUCAGUUGUCAUUUAGGAUCGGAAUUUGCGAAUGGUCUGUUUGAGAUCAUGCCUCCUGCCCCUCCCCUGCCCCUGUGUCAUGGAGAAUAAAGCUGAUGAUUGUACCAGUCUUAAAUUAUUCAUGAUUCAAUAAAAUUGAUGCUUAUUUAUUCAGA